CCUGUUAAUCUAUUAGAUUACCUGAAAAGAUAUAUACAUAAUUUAUAAAAUGCAAGAUUCUAUAGAUCAUACCUUGGAUAGCGAUGAUGAUUAUGUUCCAUAUGUACCAGUCAAACAAAGGCGAUUAGAAAAGAUCCAUAAAUAUGCUACACAACGUCGUUCGGCAGCACCAACACUAAUGGAUGAACAGGACGAUGAAGACGCGGCAGCACAAGCUCGAUCUAACAUGAGUUUGUUGGAUCAAAUUGUUGAACAAAAAAAGCAGAAUCUUAUACCGGAAAAAACUGAAGAAGAAAAACGUAUAGAAGAGGAAAGACAGAUUGAAGAGGCUCAAGCACGACACAAAGCAUUAGUAUCAGUUCAGGAAGCUGCUACAGGUGUACACUAUACAGAACCAAUGAAAACAAGUUGGUCUCCUCCUACUUAUAUUUUAGAAAAAGGUGAAGAACGUCAUGAAGCUAUUAGGAAGAAAUACCACAUAAUCACUGAAGGGGAUAAUCUUGUUCCUCCAUUGACCAAUUUUGCUGAUAUGCGCUUACCGAAUGCUAUACUGGAUUACUUGGAAGAAAAGAAUAUCAUGAAACCUACUCCUAUUCAAAUUCAAGGAUUACCUGUAGCAUUGGCCGGACGUGAUAUGAUUGGGAUUGCAUUUACUGGAUCUGGAAAAACUCUAACAUUCUCUUUACCUUUACUCAUGUUUGCAUUGGAGGCCGAAGUACGCUUACCUUUAGGGAAAGGAGAAGGUCCCAUUGGUAUGAUUCUCUGUCCAUCUCGCGAAUUGGCAAAACAAACACAUGAAAAUAUUUGCAAUAUGGCAGUAGCACUAUACAAAUAUGGUUAUCCAGAAUUACGUUCUUUACUCUGUAUGGGCGGUAUCGAUAUGAAGAAACAAGAAAAUGUAUUCCAAAGUGGGUUUCAUAUGGUUGUGGCAACUCCAGGGCGAUUGAUGGAUUUACUCACCAAGAAAAAAUUCAACCUUGAUAACUGCAAAUACUUGUGUAUGGAUGAAGCUGAUCGAAUGAUUGAUAUGGGUUUUGAAGAUGAUGUUCGUACCAUCAUGUCAUUUUUCAAGAGUCAACGACAAACUCUUUUAUUUUCUGCCACAAUGCCCAAAAAAAUUCAAGAUUUUGCUUUGUCUGCUUUGGUACAACCUGUAGUAGUCAAUGUAGGUCGUGCUGGUGCUGCUAGUUUGGAUGUCAUUCAAGAAGUAGAAUAUGUUAAACAAGAAGCUAAAAUGGUGUAUUUAUUGGAAUGUUUACAAAAAACACCACCACCAGUAUUGAUCUUUGCUGAAAAUAAGAAUGAUGUGGAUGAUAUUCAUGAAUAUCUCUUAUUGAAAGGUGUUGAAGGUGUUGCUAUUCAUGGUGGCAAAACUCAAGACGAACGUGAAUAUGCUAUCAAAUCUUUCAAGGAAUACAAAAAGGAUGUUUUGAUUGCUACUGAUGUUGCCUCGAAAGGUCUUGAUUUUGCAGCGAUUCAACAUGUGAUCAAUUACGAUAUGCCCAAAGAAAUCGAAGAUUAUGUUCAUCGUAUUGGUCGUACUGGUCGUAGUGGGAAAACAGGGGUAGCUACUACGUUUAUCAAUCAACAUUGUUCAGAACAAAUCCGAUUAGAUCUCAAGUUACUUUUACGUGAAGCAAAACAGCGUGUUCCACCAUUCUUGGCAGCUCUAGAAGAUCCUACGGAAAAGUAUGGUUUACUGGGUGGAUGUACUUUUUGUGGUGGUCUGGGUCAUCGUAUCAACAACUGUCCAAAAUUGGAACAACAACGUAGAUUACAAAUGAAUGCUAUCAUGGGUGGUCGUCAUGAAGGCGCUGGUGGUGGAGCAGACUUUUAGUUAGCUUUUUUUUUUUAUUUUUUUUUAUUUGUUUUGAAAUAAAAAUGAUUGUGUGAAAUAUAUAUUGUAUUUAUGGAAAGAAUGGAUUUGAUUUGUGGAUAGAUGAAAUCAAAGAUUUUUUGCAUUUAAAAUCACAUGUAUUUUUAUCUCGUUUUUGACAUGAUGUGAUGUAAGAAUAAGUGGAGAAAGGAAUUAUAAAGUCAGUCAAUGACAAAGCAUCAUAAUUUUGAUCAGGUACAGACAGAUGAAGCUUAAUCAUGGUUCGGCUUGUAUCACCUUGAGCAAAU